UUUAACGUAGGUGGCACAUUUUGUACAAAAAUCUUUGACCGCUUAUGUAGUGGGGAAAGUACGACCAAAUUCUUGCUCUCAUCUUAAAGUUCAGUUCAGUUCUUUGUCGUUUCAGAAAAGGGAGAUGAGAAUCAGAGCAUCAACUCAUGGAUAAAUUAAGAGCGGCAAAAGUUUUGUGUUUUAUCUAAAACAAAGCGAAGUAACGAUGAAUUCUUCCUGGCCGAACAAUUCUUCAGAGGAAGCAAGGUCUCCAAGCUCUGCCGUCAGCCAAACAGUUUCUGGAAGUACCACUGCCAGUCAAGUCAUCUACUCCAUAGUUUCCCUUGUGGCAUUACUUGGAAACACGCUUGUUAUUCUUGUCUUCAUCUUUGAUAAGAAGCUUUUAAAGAAAUCCUACAACACGUUAAUCUUUUCCCUGGCUAUCGCUGAUGUUCUGACCGCCAUGAGCUUGAUUACAAACCCGGCUUUUGUUCUAGUUGACUCUUUUCCUUAUCCAACUGGUCCUGUCCUGGGCGAGCUUUUCUGCCGACUCAUAUGGAGCCGGGCGAUUCUCUUCCAGUUGGUGGUAUUCUCCGUCUACAUAUGCUUAGCGCUGACGGCGGAGCGAUGGUUUGCUGUAGUUAAGCCUCAUAAGUACAACGACGCCUUCAGCAGAAAAAAGAUUACCUGCUACAUCUUCUCUUCUUGGGUAUGUGCGUUUUUAUCGGCAGGUUCAGGAAUGAUUGAAACAGUGUACAGAGCCUCACCCAACAAAAUCUGCGAGUUCCAGUUUAUUGCUGGAGGAUCCGUUCUGCGUGUCGUGAUAGGGGUCUUUCAAUCUGUGGUGAAAAUGGUUUUCCCUUGCGCCACUAUGAUGGGCCUGUACAUCCACAUGAUUUAUACAGUGAAGAUGUCCGCGGCUGCGUCAGCGGCAAGCAAAGUUAAACUGCGCUCGAGAAUGACGCGGAUAGUGGGAGUUGUCUGUUGCACUCUAAUCAUUUGUUACGCGCCAAACCAAAUCCUCUGGGUGUUUGCAUUGGCGGGAAAAGUAGAGUUGGAUUCCGAGGUACACCACGCGACCGCACUGCUCACGUUUGUCGCCAGUUGCGUCAAUCCAGUUAUCUAUGGGUUGAGCAACAGCAAUUACCGAGAGCGCUACAAGGAGAUUCUGGUUACUGCGUAUCACAGAGUGUGUGGUGGGAGAGCCAGCCAAGCAAACCAACCCAGCGUGGCUGGCGCUAACGGAAGACAACCGCGCGUACAUCCAGGACCACAACAAAAAGACAUUCCGCAAAAAAAGAACCCACUGAAAAUGUAAACUUCUUUGCUACGUCUUCUGAGGUGUAUACUGAAAUUAAUUGAAACUGCCGUUCGUAUAAUUUUAAUUUUGAGCAGGGCUCAGUAAUGCCUUUGCAUUUAAUUUCUGAAUUUUCUUAUUUAGGUAGCACCUAGCCAAUGUAAUGUGCUUGCAACUUUUGAUUUCAGCACUGAUAAGGUUUCUCGAGAAUGGUUUAAAAAUAUUUCAAAUGGAUUAGAUGCUUCAAAUUUUCAAAUUGAGACAUGGGCUUUGUCUCAGUGAA